AUGACCGGGGUCGAUCUGGAGAAGUGCAAGCGCAUCGUACAGUACUUCUGGGACCCAGAGCCCAAGAAUGACGCAACCCCCGAUGCUCCGAUCUGGUGCCUGGGCAGAGAAUACGCUCCGUCGCAACAUACCGCAGACGAACCAAUAGCAGUAUCACUAGGACAAGAUCAAGAGACUGAUAGCCGCAAAGAGUCCCUUAACCACCAGACACUAGACACUAGCAACAGCGCUUCUGGACACCUCUCUGAACCUACAUCUCACAAUGGUCCCCCCAUAACCACCUGGCCGGACGCCUUUCUGACAGAUUUUGAAUCACGGAUCUGGAUUACAUAUCGCUCUAACUUCACACCCAUCCCCAAGUCCAGCUCACAAGAUGCAGCGUCCUCGAUGACGCUGGGCGUGCGCCUGCGGAGUCAGCUCAUGGACUCGCAAGGGUUUACAUCGGAUACUGGGUGGGGUUGCAUGAUCCGGUCUGGCCAAAGCCUUCUGGCCAAUACGCUCGCCAUCUUAUCGCUUGGGCGAGACUGGCGGAGAGGUGAGCAGGUUGCCCGAGAAUCGAAGCUGAUCUCGAUGUUCACCGACCACCCCGAUUCCCCGUUCUCAAUACAUCAGUUUGUCCAGUGUGGCGCGAGGUCAUGUGGUAAAUAUCCCGGGGAAUGGUUUGGACCAUCCGCAACGGCCCGGUGUAUCCAAAUACUCUCCGGUGAAUGCACAGAUCCCAAGCUAAGAGUCUAUGUAACGAAUGAUACGUCCGACGUUUACGAAGACAAGUUCACCCAAGUAGCCUGCGACGAAGCGGGGCUUAUUCAACCCACACUAAUCCUCUUGGGACUUCGACUGGGCAUUGAUCAUGUUACGCCUGUCUAUCGGGAUGGACUGCGAGCGGCGCUACAAUAUCCGCAAUCAGUUGGCAUCGCAGGCGGCCGCCCAUCAGCAUCUCAUUACUUCGUAGGCGUCCAAGAUGACCACUUGUUUUACCUUGAUCCUCAUCUCACGCGCCCCGCGCUGCUGCCCAGACGGGCGGACGAACCAUACACGCAAGAGGAAUUGGACAGCUAUCACACGAGCCGGCUGCGCCGAAUUCACAUCAAAGACAUGGACCCGAGCAUGCUGAUCGGGUUUUUGAUCAAAGACGAGGCCGAUUGGACGGACUGGAAGACACGUGUCGGCUCAACGUCGGGGCAGCCGAUUGUUCACAUCUUGCCCCGGGAAAAACCACCGACGCAGGGCCAGGAGCGGAGGGAGGCAUUGGAUGAAGUGGAGGUGUUGGAUGAUUCGGAUGCCAUGGAAGACUAG